CAGGACGAGGCCGUCCGGCUCGGGGCCGUGGGCGCGCUGUCGCAGCUCGCCGCCCGGGACGACAGAACCGCGGUGGAGCUCGUGGUGGCGCGCCUGGCGCGCGGCAGCGAGGAGGCCCAGAUGGCAGCGGCGGCGGCCUUGGGCGUCGUCGCCAGCCGGGGCAACGAGCGCGCGGUGGAGAUGUCGCUCGCCCUGGCGGUGGACCGCGACGCGGGCACCAGGCGAGCGGCGAUCCGCGCGCUCGGGCUGGUGGCCCCCGCGGGGGACGCCGCCGCGACCAGCCGCGUCGGGGCGUGCCUCGAGG